GCGCCGAGAGGACUUUACUUCAGCAAGAAGAGUUAGUAGGGAAGAGUGUUCCUUUAAGGUUAAUCUGAGAAAAAACGGAAGGGCUGAAAAAGAUUGUUGUGGAUUUACUCAGAGGGAGCAGGUAGUGGUCCCCUCCAGGCGCCAUUCUCGGUGGAGAUACAUGUAAGCUGAAAAAGUAUUUUCUGCCUUAGAUAUUCAAUGGCGUGUGCAGCACCAACAGUUUCAUCAACAAAGGAGACAACGAACUAUGCUCGCCUAUGUCGUCUGCUGGUUGAUACUGGUACCCAGGCCCUUAGAGACACAUUCGAUACCAUCCAUCCACCAACGAAUCUUCAAUCAAUUUUGGCAGCCAAAAAAGCAAUUUUACAGCCAUUAAGAAGGAGAAAGGUUAUCGAUGCAACGCAAUGGGGAAAGCUCUAUCCUGUUAUUCCAUCCUCAGUGUCUUCCAAAGACUUUGAUAUCACACUUUUAUUGGUUCUGCUUCGAAACCUAUGCGGCUUACCCUCUCCUGCGGCAGGCUGGGAUACACUUCCUGCUGCAACAGAUGUGAGUCUUGAAGCUGAUAUCGCCCGAGUUAAAUAUUACAGGAACACAGUAUAUGGUCAUGCUGAGUGCGCUUCAGUGGAUGAUGCAAUGUUCAACACAUGCUGGGGCGACAUCCGGGACACUCUAGUGAGACUGGGUGGAGCGAAAUACGAAGCAGCCAUCGACGAUCUUGAAACUGAGUGUAUGGACCCUGAAACUGAAGAUCACUACAAAGCACUUCUCAGCCAAUGGAAGAAAGACGAAGACAAUGUGAAAGAUAAACUAGAUGAGGUCAUUGAAAUGCUAGUUGAAUUGAAAACAUCAAGCAUGACUCAAAGAGAGAAACCUGAAAUUGAAGGUAAAUUCAUUGAGUCGGAAGGGCCGUCAGAGAGCACUGCCAUAUGUAGAGAGGGACUCCACGAGUCGCAGUCAUUCAAGUAUUAUUGUAAGGAUUGCAAGGUUUGCAUUAGUGACAAGUGUAAGCAAACGCGUCACACUAAUCACACCAAAGUGAGUAUCGAACAGGCCGCAGAGGAAGAGAAAUUGAAGUUGCAAAAUGCUGUCGAAGAAGUGAAAAUGCAAAUUGCAGAGGUCGAGAUGCAAAUCAAAGAAAUAACAAAACUAUUUGGAAUAAGUAAAGAUAAAAUUGCUGCAGCUCGUAACAAUGUACGUACCACCGUUGAAGAACUAAUUCGAGUUUUAAAGGAACACGAGAACUUUAUGAUGACUGAGUUAGAUAUAAUUGAAAAAAGACAGGAAAAAGAUCAUUCAAUCCAACAUGAACAUUUGCAAACGUCGGUAAAAGAAUUGGAAAGUGCUGUGCAAAAUUGUGAGAUGACAAUAGGAAGAAAAAUUGAUGUUGAAUCUUUGAAAUUCCAAAUGAACGAAAUUGAAAAGUCGAGACGUGUUCUAAAACUAAAUCAAAAUGACUUCUAUAAGCCGAGUCACGUUGGGUACCUACGUGAUGAGAAGUAUAUUCAAGGUUUCUUACGUGCAGCUCCGGGUAAAAUUCUUGCCAGUAAAACCGUCCCCUCGAAUUCAUUGGUAAGAGGUCAAAACUUAAAAAAAGCUGAAGCUGGACGCAUAAUGGAGUUUGACAUCGCGACAACUGAUUCCUUUGGAGAACAGUGCUACCUGGAAAUCGAUGACAUCAAAGUGACAGUUUGCAGUCCGGUGAGAAAGGAAAUCGACAUCAAGGUUGACGAUUUGCAUUCAAGUGGGAAAUACAGCGUCACGUUUACACCAGAAUGUGAUGGCGAACAUAAAGUGUCAUUUUUAGUUAAUGAUCAGCCACUUCCUUGCAGCCCGUGGAAUGUAAGUGUUAAACCGCAUAAAUAUACUUCCUCUUUCAAUUUUGCGUCACUGAGGAAAGGCAGAAAGUUUAAAGAACCCUGUGCUCUCGCAAUAGACAAUAAGACAAAGAAAAUCGCAAUAGCUGAUCGAAAGAAACAAAGGGUGCAACUUUUUGACUUUAAUGAUUCCCAGUAUCUUAAAGAACUGGGUGAGAAGGGGUCAGCGGCUAGAAAACUACCAGAUCCUACUUCAGUUGCAUUCACCAAUUCUGGUGAGGUCAUCGUAAUUUCUUCCGGCACUAUGUGUUAUUUCCCUACCGAUGGUGAGUUUAUUAGGUGCAUAGACAAUGAUUUGAAUCGCCUCAAAGUUCCAUUCUCACUGACUAUUGCGUGUGAUGGCCGCAUGGUAGUGUGUGACUCAGGUGACAAGUCCGUCAAGGUCCUCUCUCCCGAAGGGACAGAAUUGUUUCAGUCUUUUAGUGUACCAGACUGCGAUGACUCCCCGUGGGAAGCUAUUUUUCAUGAAGACAAGUUCUUCGUUUCAUACCCCACAGCUUGUUGCGUUAAAGCAUUUGAUAAGGAUGGGAAAUUUCUCUAUGAUAUAGGCAAUGCAAACUCCGAUCAAGGAAAACUGCGGAAGCCUCGUGGACUCGCCAUCGACACCUUUAACAACCUGGUGGUAUGCGACGAGGAACACAAAACGUUGAACGUUUUCAGACUGGAUGGAACAUUUUUAAACACGGCUGGCAGCAAUAAGAUAGAUUGCCCUUGGUCUAUUGCAGUCAGUUUAGCUGUUCCGGGGCCAUUUCUUAUCGUUGCCGAUCCCCGAAAAAAAGGCGUCGUAUUCUUUCAGUAGCUACAUAUAUGAGGCGUUUCGGAUAAAUUAAGAUGAUUACAUUUUUUUCCCCAGAAAUUGAUAUUCGUAACCUUUCCCAUGACUGACAAGUGAGAGCAAAAGCAGUUCUCGGUUUUUCCGUAAUUUGUUGUUCUUGCUUUACCCUACGACAUUUAAAACAUAUAAUAUGGACGGGAACUUCCUCUAUAAAAUUUUCGAUACAAGUUCAGAUAAAGGACAAUCACAUACGCCUCGUGGACUUGCUAUCUAUAACUUUUUUAAUACAAAACUGAUAUGCAUAGACAAUAACUUUCUUCCUUUUUUUCAUUUCAUACCCAGAUUGGCAAGAAAUCUCCGCUGCUCUACUCGGUCUGUUUACUCCUCAUUUUCAAUUUACCAUGCACUUGUUUAAAACUAAACGAGGCAAAAUUGGCCAUGCUCUGCAGCUGAAUCAAUAUGCCGAGUCUGAUAUAAUUUUA